AUGGCGAGCAACACUGGUCAAUCCGACCUACUCUCAACCGUAGAACAAGGCCAAAGCCGCCCCUCCCUUGACGAGAACACUGGCCUCCUCUCUGGUCAACCGCGCCGACCUUCCCAGGCCAAUGGUCAACCUUCCAACAACAGCAGCAACAACAAGCGCCCAGCCUCUACAGCAAAGAGGUCGUUUCUUUCAGGCAAGGGCCGAAAAAAAAUCAUUGUCAGCCUGACGGCGAUCUCGGGGGGACUUCUUAUCAUCUUGGGCUUUGCGCUCUUCAAGAAGAUUGGAACAGAUCCUAACAUUGAGAAUAACACACCGACGUUGAUCAAGGCCAGGCACGGUGCUGUUGCGACAGAGGAGAUUCAUUGCUCCGAGAUUGGUGUUCAAGUCUUGAAGGAUGGCGGAAAUGCAGUCGAUGCAGCAGUGGCUUCGUGUCUCUGCGUCGGAACAGUCAACAUGUUCUCGGCCGGUAUUGGCGGCGGAGGAUUCAUGACCGUUCGAUUGCCCAACGGAACCGUGGAAGUAAUCGAUUUUAGAGAGACCGCCCCAGCAGGAGCAAGCCCUAAUAUGUACAAGAAUAAUCCGAUCCUUGCCCAGAAGGGUGGUCUCUCUGUCGCGGUCCCCGGCGAGAUCCGUGGAUUGGAGUUGGCGCACAGCCGUUACGGAAAGUUGCCCUGGGAGAGACUGUUUGCACCCUCAGUCAAGAUGGCGAGGGAUGGGUGGGCAGUUGGUCCAGAGUUGGCCAAGCGAUUGAGAGCCUACAAGACCAUGAUGGAGACUGAGCCUGAUUGGUCUGCUGUCUUUGCACCUAACGGGACUGUCCUGAAGGAGGGCCAGUGGAUCAAGCGCGAGGCGUUGGCGAACACACUGGAGACCAUCGGCAAGGAGGGCGCGGAGGCCUUCUACACUGGACCUAUUGCGCAGAGCAUGGUCGAUCACAUUAAAAAGAACGGAGGCAUCCUAGACAUGGACGACAUGAAGGCGUACAAACCGUUGAUCAAAGAACCCAUGGUCGGCUAUUACCAGGGACGCAAGGUCUACACCACCCCCGCACCUACCAGCGGACCCAUCUUGAUCAGUCUUCUCAACAUCCUGGAGCGCUAUGACCUGGGUCGCAUCAAGCAAAAUGCCAACAUUGAAGUCCACCGCCUUGUCGAAGCCAUGAAGUUCGGAUAUGCACAGAGAACGGAACUGGGAGACCCAGACUUUACGGAUUUGGAGAACAAGAUCCAGAGUAUCAUAUCAAAGGACACUGCAGGACUGAUCCGCGCCAAUAUCUCGGAUGCACAAACCUUCCCAGUCGACUAUUACAACCCACGCUGGGGUCCCAUCGACAACCACGGCACCACCCACAUGUCGACUGUUGACCAGAAAAACAUGGCUGUUGCAUUGACGUCGACUGUCAAUCUGGUGUUUGGAUCCAAGUUGCUGGACCCCAAGACCGGUAUUGUACUCAAUGACGAGAUGGAUGAUUUCUCGAUCCCCGGUACUCCAAACGCCUUUGGAUUGCAGCCCUCGCCUUUUAAUUAUCCCGAGCCUGGAAAGCGCCCCCUGUCAUCGUGCGUGCCUACUGUUAUUGAGAGGGAUGGACAGUUUGAGUUGGCUCUUGGUGGUAGUGGAGGAUCUAGGAUCCUUACCUCUGUCCUCCAGGUGAUUCUGAAUGUCUACAACCACGACUACAACUUGAUGGAGGCAGUGGAGGCUCCUCGCGUGCACCACCAAUUGAUGCCGAAUGUAGUCGAUAUCGAAUCUGGCUACUCUGCAUCGGACGUCAAGUUCUUGAGCACCCGUGGCCAUAAUGUCACGGUGUCGGAUAUCCUGCUGGCCAAGUCUGAAGUCCAGGCUGUCCUGCGCGAGACCGAUGGCACUGUGUUCGCCGCCAGUGAUUCCAAGAAGCAUGGCGUUGCCGCCGGUUACUAG